GCCGGCUCCUCAGCACAUCAAGCUCAGAGUAAUCUUCUCCUCAGAAGAGUUGAGACCAAAGACAUACUAAGAGUCCACUGCAGGUUAUUACACAUACCAGUUAAAAUGGAGUUGUUUUUUGGAUUAUCCCGUGGAUCUAAGACCUCAUGGAUCAGCUUGACCUUUCUAUGCUCAAUGGUGUGCAUGUGGACGACAGUAGAUGGCUGGUCCUACUUCUACUCUGACAACACCAUGAACUGGCAGCAAGCUAGAGACUGGUGCCGGGAGCACUACACAGACAUGGUGGCCAUCCAGAACCAGGAGGAGAUCAAGCAUCUCGGUAGCUGGCUGCCCAAGAAAUCCACCUACUACUGGAUUGGGAUCCGCAAGAUCAAUGAUGUCUGGACCUGGGUAGGAACAAACAAGACUCUGACAGCAGAAGCAACCAACUGGGCAAUUGGUGAACCAAACAACGGCAAGAGUGGACACAAUACAGGGUUGAAUGAGGACUGCGUGGAGAUGUACAUUAAAAGGAGUGCACAAGCCAGCAAAUGGAAUGAUGAGCGGUGCGGGAAGCUGAAGACCGCUCUGUGCUACGCAGCUGCCUGUAAGAACGACUCAUGCCUCUACGGAGAGUGUGUGGAAACCAUCAACAGCCACAGGUGUGAGUGCUUUGAAGGCUUUUAUGGAGAGCAGUGUGAGCAAGUUGUUAAGUGUAACGAAGAUGAAGUGACCGUUCCGAAUAAAGGAAGUGUAGAAUGCACUCACAAGUACGGAGACUUCUCCUACGACUCCUCGUGCCAGUACGCCUGUGAGGAAGGAUACCAGCUGAGUAUGUCAAGACCUCUGAUAUGCACUGCCUCCAAACAGUGGUCAGAGCAGCCUCCUACAUGUGAAUUGGUCCAGUGUCCGGAGCUGUCCAGCCCAGCAAGAGGAUCCGUGAAGUGCUCCGAUCCUCUGGGUCCCUCCAGCUUCCAGUCCACCUGUGUGUAUACCUGUGAUGAAGGCUACGUACUGGCUGGUUCUCCAUCUAACACUCUGCAAUGUGAAGCGUCAGGAUUUUGGAACGCCUCACAGCCAUCAUGUGUUGCUGUGCAGUGCCCUGAUCUCCAGGAGCUGGACAAUGGUGUUGUCAGCUGUAGAGAUGAUGUAGAAAGGAUGUUCAGCUACGAAAACACCUGCAGCUUCAGCUGCAAGCCCGGCUACCACCUGGUGGGACCGAGCGAGGUGACCUGCACGUCAGCAGCUGAGUGGAGUGAGAGGAUGCCUCGCUGUGAAGCCAUCACUUGCCAGAAUCCAGAGGGAGAAGCUCACCUCAUCACCCAGUGCAGCCAACCUUUGACUGACCUGCGGCCAGACUCCACCUGCAGCUUCAGCUGUGAAGAAGGCUUCGAACUGCAGGGAGCACACAUCACUCGGUGCUCUGAGGACGGACAGUGGAGUAAAGCCAUACCUACCUGCAAAGCAAUUGGAUGUCCUGUUCCUGAGAUCCCCACAAAUGUCCAGAUCAGCUGCAGCCCCUCUCCGUCUUCACCUGUUUCUUCUGUGACUCAACAUCCACUUGGUAUGGUGUGCACUUUCAGCUGCGACGAAGGUCAUGAGCUGCAAGGUGCACUCAGCAUGGACUGUGCAAAUCCUGGCCAGUGGACCUCCACACCACCGAACUGCACAGCGGUGAGAUGCCCACUGCUCGAGGCGCCUGAAAACGGUCAUAUCAACUGCUCAAACAGUGAAUCAGUGUACAACUCACAGUGCUCCUUCGCAUGCAAUCAAGAUUACUCAUUAAUCGGACAUGAGCUGCUGACCUGUGAUCGCCAUGGCAAUUGGACUGGAGAGAAACCCACCUGCAAAGCUCUCUCAACUCAGACUGCUGCCUUCGCUUCCGGUGCGGUAGCUGGAGGCGCUCUGUUAUCUGGUCUGUUUGUGGCUAUGUGGAUCCUGAAACGACUGAAGAAGAAAGCCACGAAGUUUGAGCUGAACAGCACCUCUGAGAUAGAAGACCCUCCACAGUCCUACAAAAACAGCGUCGACAGCCUCAUAAUGUCUCAAGGAUCAGUUGGGAGACAAAGCCUGCAUCACAUGGUGCUGAUAGCUGCAUUGAUUGCAUUUGCCAGAGACCCGAGCAGCGGUGGAGGAGCACAGGCAUGGACCUACAGCUACAGCACCAGUCCAAACCGUAGAUGGCUUGAAGCCCGCCAGUGGUGCCAGCAGCACUUCACAGACGUGGUGCCCAUCCGUAACAAGGAAGAGAAUGACUUUAUCAACAAUCUGGUGCCAUUUCACUCAAGAUACUACUGGAUAGGCAUAGGCAAGAAGGAUGGAGAGUGGAUCUGGAAAGAAAACGAUGAAAAGGUGCCCAAAGAAGUUGAGAACUGGGCACCGGAGGAGCCAGAUGACAUAGCAGAGCAGGACUGCGUGGAGAUUUACAUUAAGAGGCAGCAAGACAUGGCCACGUGGAACAAUGAGAACUGUCUCAAGAGGAAAGGAACCAUCUGCUACAGUGUCUCCUGUACAAAGGAUUCCUGCAGUGCUAAUGCAGACUGUGUGGAGACUAUAGGGAACUAUACCUGCCUGUGCCAUCCUGGUUUCCUGGGAUCACGCUGUGAAGAGGCAAUCUCAUGCGAACCCUUGCUGGAUCCAGAACAAGGUUCUCACUACUGUUUCCAUCCCCACGGGUCCAGUCGGUUCAACUCUUCCUGCCAUUUCCACUGUGAACUUGGCUUUCAGUUGGUCGGCGUGCCACAACUGUUAUGCCAAGCCAGUGGACGUUGGAACCACCCUGUCCCUCUGUGUCAAGCCACACAGUGUCCAGCUCUGAACCACACCAGCAUCAGCGCAGGUAGUUUGACCUGCAACCACCCCAUUGCACCUUACAGCUACAACUCCACCUGUGAGGUCAGGUGUGAUGAAGGCUAUGAGCACAGUGGAGCGGACCAGAUACGUUGUGACCACACCGGCAAGUGGACAGCCAGUGUCCCAACAUGUACAAUAAAAAAGUGCUCCCCCAUUUUCUUCCCUGUCACGGGCAAUGUGACAUGUGUGGACGCUGUGGAGCCUUUCUCCUUUGGCUCACGGUGUAACUUCACCUGCCAGGAAGGCCGCUACCUGACCGGAGACAACACAUUCACCUGUCUGGCCUCGGGACAAUGGAGCAACCCUACACCUACAUGCACAGUGGUACAGUGCAACAGUUUAACGGCUCCGCCCCAUGCCUCCAUGCAAUGUCAGGACCCUCUGGGGGCAUACAGCUUUGGGUCAACAUGUACGCUGCAAUGUGAAGAGGGAUUUGAUCUGAUUGGCACAACCAUUACAAAAUGUUCUGCACAGGGCAACUGGAGUCAUGCACUUCCUCUUUGCCAGGCUAAGAAAUGUAAUCCAAUAAAUCCACCUCAUGGCUCCCUGUCCUGUUCUGACCCAAAUGGUCUAUUCAGUUUUGGUUCUCUGUGCACGACAACAUGUGACGAAGGCUUUCUACUGAAUGGGACAGCCAGCACUGAGUGCACCUCCCUGGGCAGGUGGAGUGUAGACGUACCACAUUGCUUAGCCAUGAGGUGUCCCGCUCUGAGCCCUCCCUCCCAUGGCUCUUUGGUCUGCUCUGAUCCCCAUAAAGAGUUCAGCUUUGGUUCUCACUGCAUUUCAACCUGUGAGGAGGGUUUCCUCCUGAAUGGGACGGCUGACACAGAGUGUACUUCUCUUGGCACAUGGAGCACGGACAUCCCACAUUGUUUGGCCAAAAGAUGUCCAAAUCUGAGCUUUCCCUCUCAUGGCUCCUUUAUCUGCUCUGAUCCUUACAAGGUGUUCAGUUUUGGUUCACUGUGCACAUCAACAUGUAAGGAGGGCUUUGUACUGGAUGGGACAGCUAAUACUGAGUGCACCUCUCUGGGCAUAUGGAGCACAGACAUCCCACGUUGUUUGGCUAAGAAAUGUCCCGCUCUCAGUUCUCCCUCCCAUGGCUCCUUACUCUGCUCUGAUCCUCAUCAAGAGUUCAGUUUUGGUUCUCGAUGCACAUCCACCUGUGAGGAGGGUUUCCUCCUGAAUGGGACAGCUGACACUGAAUGCACCUCUCUUGGUACAUGGAGCAAAGACAUCCCACGUUGCUUGGCUAAGAGAUGCCCCACUCUGAAGUCCACCUCUCAUGGCUCCUUAGUCUGCUCCGCUCCUCAUGGGGAGUUCAGUUUUAGUUCUCAGUGCUCAUCUACCUGUGAGGAGGGUUUUCUACUGAAUGGGGCGGCUGACACUGAGUGCACCUCUUUGGGCACGUGGAGCAGAAAAAUGCCCCACUGUCUGGCUCAGCCAUGCCCCCUGCUGGCUAAGGCUCCACAACAUGGUAGGAUGAACUGCAGCAACCCAUACUCCUCUUUUAGCUUCGGCUCCCACUGUGACUUUGACUGCAAUGAGGGCUUCUGGCUGAGAGGAACACCAACUAUGACAUGCAACACCUCAGGCCACUGGAGUCAAGAUCUGCCCACCUGCCAGCCGGUGCAGUGUGAGGCCAUUAGUGCCUUGUCUUCAUCCCUGUCUAUGAACUGCUCCCAUCCUCUGGGGAAUUUCAGCUUUGGCUCCCAGUGUCUUUUCACUUGUGGAGGAGGAUCCUCCCUGAAUGGCACAGAGGUGCUGUCUUGCUCCUCCACUGGGUUUUGGAACGACAGCCUGCCUAUCUGCAUAGGAGAUAUGCCAGUGGGGACUGCCAUGCUGCUGUCGACGAGUGCAGGAGCAACCUACAUUCUCUUGCCACUUGUCCUGAUUGGACUGGCUUUGUUCGCUUUAAUGCGAUUAAAGAAAAAAAAAAAGAAUGUCAUGUAUGUGCCAGCAUGGGGGGAGCAUGAGAAUCCAGCAUUUGAAUCUGAGGCCUGAGUUUUGCAGCAAAUCAUUUCAUACACUGAAGCCCAAUGCUUGCUGUUAUUAUACAAAGCUUGGUAGUUAUUGGUGCGAGAAGAUUACAGUGGAAUAAGAGCUUUACGUUAAGAGUGAUUUCAGUUUCCUCAGACAAUCCUUAAAAUGUAGAUAAUAAUGCACAUUUUGUAUGCAAACCUUGAAUUAUUUUGUUAAAAACACAAAGCUGGGUGCAGCUUGUGCUUGCUCUUGUAUAUUGCUUGAUUGUCAAUAAACUAUCAACGGUU